GAUGAGUUUUAAGAUCGAUGUGUGGCUAGUGGUCACAAAUACCGUGUGUUUACAAUGUGGCAGUGUGGCCGGAGGUUUAAGUGAAUUACGCAGAUUAUCCCCUCCCCCCCUUUUUUUUUUAAACCAUCUGAGAUUUCCCUCCCAAGCCAGCACUCCGGCCGAAGGGACUUGACAACCGAACAAAGAAGGGGCUGUUGUUACUGCAGAAUUGACCGACGCGUUCAAUAAAGUCAGAAUACCCCUUUACCGGCAGGUCAUUGAUUCUAGCAAUUCCCGAAAAGAAAGCUUGAAAACCACGAGGGUUUUUAUUUUAGCUGGUUUGAUAACAGCCAGGUUUUUGUCUCUGGCCUUCCGUGAUGUAUGCUCAUCCCACACCAGACAGCCUUAGUCAUCAUGGGUUUUGUGUUCCCAUCUGAUAAACUCUGUCCAUGAAUUAACCGGGCAAUUAAAAAAUAUUAUGCUAAAGUAAAAUCUCACACUUAUGUUCUAUACUUUCUGUAAAUUGUUCUUAAAUAUUUGUUAAACUUGGCUUAGUGAAAGAAAAUGUGCUGUGAGCAUCACUCCGGGUCAGGGAGGAGCCCAGCACUCGCUGCCAUACAGAGAUUUGCUACAUGACCCAAACUGAAACCAGAAACAGCAACUAUGUCAUCUGAAAUGCUGCCAGCAUCUGUUGAGCCUCCUGAAGUGGAAGGAAAGACAGGCAUGAGUGAAUCUGAAGCAGAGACACAGAAGCCAAGAAUCGACGCAGGGACAGAGACACUAUCUAAACGACAGAUGAAGAAGCUGAUGAAACAGAAACAAUGGGAAGAACAGCGAGAACAGCGCAAGGAAAAACGAAAAGAAAAACGCAAGAGAAAGAAAUUAGAACGGCAAUGUCAACUGGAGUCCAACUCAGAUGGAAAUGACAGAAAACGCAUUCGAAGACAUGUCAUUCAUAGCAACCUCCGCCUUAUCAUUGAUUGUAGCUUUGAUGACUUGAUGGUAUUAAAGGAUAUUAAGAAGCUUCAUAAACAGAUUCAACGAUGUUAUGCAGAAAAUCGGCGGGCAUCACAUCCCGUGCAGUUUUACUUGACAAGCCAUGGAGGUCAACUGAAAAAGAACAUGAAUGAAAAUGACAAAGGAUGGGUCAACUGGAAGGAUAUCCACAUCAAGUCAGAGCACUAUAGUGAAGUCAUCAAAAAAGAGGACCUGGUUUACCUGACAUCAGACUCACCUAAUGUACUGAAGGACUUAGAUGAGUCCAAGGCUUAUGUGAUUGGAGGGUUAGUGGACCACAACCAUCACAAGGGACUGACUUUUAAACAGGCAUCCAGUUAUGGAAUUGAGCACGCACAGCUCCCUCUUGCCGAUUUUGUGAAGAUGAACAGUCGAAAAGUCCUGGCAGUUAACCAUGUGUUUGAAAUUAUCCUGGAGUUCUUGGAGACAAGAGACUGGCAGGAAGCAUUUUUUACAAUCUUACCGCCACGGAAAGGAGCUGUUCCUGCACACAAGGCCUAUGAAAGCUCCCCUUGGGACCAGCAGUCUCUCCAAGGAGGAUGGGACAGUGGCAGCGAGGGAGAACCUUGCGAAAAUGACCCAGACUCGCCACAGAAAGAGCAAGACCAGCAAAGCAGCCUGGCAUCUGCAGUGAGCCCUGCCCCACAGUAACCUUCCCCUGCUCUCCUCUCGCUGAAGAGAAGCCAGACAGUGAGGCGCUUCACAGAGGCCUAGGACUGCAGGAACAUCGAUCUUCUCUUGUCUCUCUUGUGGAAGUUUAAAUCUUUUUCGAGAGUUAAAUGAUAAUGAAAAACCCUUUAAGCACUAAGAAAGGAUUGUUUGGUUUAAGACUUAAAGGUAUGAUUUCAAAAUUGUUUUAAGCCUCAAAUCAGAGUCACGGUGGAUGUUGCCACACUGGUAUGCCUUCAUUCUUCAUUCACUGGACUAUAUACUUCAGGGCGUGCCUUCUGACCUCUGAGCUUUGAUCUUUUAUGUUCCUAUUUGUGUCUUUUUGGUCUGAUGCCUGUUUGUUGGAGUAGCUUCCCAAGCUACCCUUCUGUGUUCAGUGCUUUUGUGUUCAGUGAAAUUCUUUCUAAGAAAUACACUAAUUCUAGGAGGAAUACGAGGUGUUUGCUGGCCUCGGCAAUUCUUUCCCUUUGGACAAUGGAGCCCAUUCCUGUGCCUCCUUUGUGAUGCCUUUUCAUGUUUCUGAAAUAGUUGAAAAAAUAAUUGUAAAUCCCUUAAUGACAAUAAUUUAUUCACUUAUAAAAUUAAUUUUUUGCUGGCUAGAUUAUUUUAUAUGGUUAUUUUUGAAGGAUCAAUUUGUCUUUACCUCAGUUUAAAACAACAAUAUAAGCUACCCUUUCUAGAUAUUUUCCAUACAUAGAACAUAUUUGCAUAUAUGGGAUUAUUCGUCUGCAUCCUCCUGUAAUCUGCCUAAUGUCAAUUUAUUUCUGUAAAUAACAUGCAUGUAGGAAAAUGUGCAUGUAAUGUUUACAUCUGUCUGAUUUCACAUGUAGCUGUCACGUUUUGAUCCUUUAUGACAGGACUGAUAUGUAUUGUUUGUGGAAUGGUUGUGUUGAAUGUGCUAAUUUGAAUUUAUUAAAUGCCCAAAUCCAAAAUUAAAUAAUUUGGAAAUUUACGAAGGAAGACGGAGCAGAGGGGAACUGUUACACAACUUCCAUGUUCUGCAUAGUAGUUGCAGAGAAGUGUGUUUAGAGAAAAUGCUCCUGGCCACAGUGCAGGUGUCCAGGAGCUCUCAGAGAACCGUGACAUAAGCGCUUGUGCUCUUCUCUCUACUAUAUAAUGUAUGUGCUGUCUUAACAUCACAGACGGAAGCUCAAUAGGCUUAGUACUGAUGUUCCCUGUCUGUUUUUGCUUUAUUCGUAGUUACCUUUGUAGCUAGUUCUUUGAAAGCUUAUAAAAAAAAAAGUAUGUAAACAGUUAUACUACAGUUCUAGAAAAAUAAAGUUCAUGUUGUUACUGUACUUUCCUAAGGUUCAGAUUUUCUGAGCUGUCCCCACAUGCUGUUUGUUUUAUACUGGUCUCCAGCUGAUGGCACUGUUGUGGAGGUUGUUCCCCUUUGGGAGGGGAAGCUGUGCUGGAGGAGGCAUGUCACUCGGGGUGGGCUUUGCAGGUUUACAGCCAGUUCUGUUUCUUUUGUGAAAUGUGAGCACUGCUUCCUCA